GCGCGUACAUCCUCGAUGUGCAGCAUGUGCGAUUCUGUUAAUCGAGUCUGUUGAAAUCUCUGAAAUAGAAGAACCAUAAUUUGAUGGUGUGUAAUAUCUCAUAAUAUGAAAGAACAACAUUUAUUUUGCAAGAUGGAUAAACAAUCAAAACCAUUCAGAAACAUCGCUAAUGUUUUGGGGAGAACGGGCGUAGCAAAGCGACUUGGGAAGACCGAAGAUGCAGUAUCCGCAUGCCCGCCCGAAAUUCAAAAAUUUGAAAAAGGAACUUCCGUCACAUUGUGCCCACAUUUGGAGAACGAAGGGCCUUCUAUAGAUGUCUUACCUACGAAAGUCGGUAGUGUUGGCGCAGGAAAUGAUUUUGAAAACUUCGGUCAUUCACAAAUGUAUCGUCCCAAAAACGAAGAUAGAGUACUUAUUGGCGUUGGCAGGCCGCAUGACGUGACUUUGCCUAAUGUGACAUCGGAUGUGCAAGGGUUAACGGCACAAGAUUUUGCUCAAAAUAUUGGAACUGUUAAUAAAUUUGAAGAAUCGAAUAAUAUCAAAUGUGAAGAAGGUUCGUCACUAGCAUUAACAGUGAACAUAGCAUCUGUUGAAACUAAGAAAGAUGCCAAAAGUACUGUCAAUUGUGUUUAUGAUAUUGACAAAAUAAACUUUAACUGUGAUUCGCCAACGCCCCUGACGGUGCUUGGACUGGAUGAUGUCAUGCCAGCUAGUCAGGGAAUUUCUGGGAAAUUUUCAUUAGAUAUCUGUGUUUCCGAGAAAGAACCUUUGCCGGAGCAAUUGGGAGCUGAUUCCUCUCUGAAAAAUUUUAAAAUGGAAGCAGGUUUUUGUGAAAAUUUAUUUCUGCAAGAUGUGGAAGCCAAUGAAAAUAAGCCAAUAAAUGGCUGUCUCAAAAUUUUAACUUCAGAUGAAGAUAGAAUUCUAAAUAAUGUAGAAUAUUCCAAUGAAUGUAUUAUAGAUGAAGGUGUUCUUCAUUCAAACCUUCACACUAAAGUUCAAUCACUAAUAACUGUAGUUGAAGUUGGUGACAGUUCUAAUUCUAGAACAACAGGAAUGCAUUUGAAAACUCAGAAAAUUUCUUAUGAUUCACCCCCAGAUGAGAAUGAAAGAACUAAUUAUGAUGUCCCAUGCCCAUCGACAGUAUCUGAUAUUGGAAAUGAAUUACUAGCUCCGAAUUGUCCUGAACAGAAAACUGCGGAAUGUGAUAGAAGAGCAGAAAUUAAAAAUGAGAUUCUGUCAGAAUGUGAAGCAGAAAUAACCUCUUUGAAGACUCAGUGUGAAUUUUCUGAUGAACAAAAUUUCAGAUCCAAAGCCCAGGAACUUACUGAUUUCCCAAAUGACAAGAAUGCUGUAACACAUUCUAAUGUGUCAUGCCCAUCAACUGUAUCUGAUUUUGGAAAUGACUUAUCAGCUAUGAAUUGUCCUGAACAGAAAACUGUGGAAUGUGAUAGACAAGCAGAUAUUAAAAAUGAGAUUUUGGCAGAAAUUACCUCCUCGAAGACUCAAUGUGAAUUAUCUGAUGAACAAAAUUUUAAUACGGAGGAAAAAAAGGACAGUGUUUUAUUUUCAAAGACUGAUUGUUUAGAAGAUAUAAAUCAGAUAAAAUUUACUGAUUUGGGAACCUUGGUUUUAGAGAAUGUCAGAAGUCAUGAUACAACCAUUAAUGAAGCUAAAAACAAUGAGAAAUUCAAAUCAUUUCUAAGUGAAAGAGAUAACCUAUCUCCUUGGGAAUGGAAAAGACUAGAUAAAUCUUCAACUCCUUGUCAUGUAUUCUCCAAAAUUAUACAAGAUGAUGAGGGCCCUAAAGCUUGUCAAAUAUUGUCAACACCUAAAGCCAAAAGAAAUGUCAAUAUUGAUACCACAAAAGGGAAGAAAAUUGACUUUACUGAAAUUGGUGAAGUCCAAAAUAAAUAUUACUUUGUGGAAAAUAUAGAGAAUCAAUUGGAAAAUGCAACAGCUUAUAAUAAAACUGAAAAUGUUAAAACAGUACUAAAUAUUAAACAAGAACAAGGAAAUCCUCUAAAGCUUUCUGAAAAUGUUUCAGAUAAUAAAUCAGUGCAAAUGAAGGGACCAGCAAGCCCAGAAUCACAAGGAAUUAAAAAGGCCAAAUUUUAUUCAAAUGAAUGUACAAUUAUUGAUGUUAUUGAUGUUGAGGCUGAGAAUGAAGUUCAAAUACAGAUGAAAGUUGAUCAAAAUCCUCUAAAGGUUUCUGAAAAUGUUUCAGAUAAUAAAUCAAUGCAAAUGAAGAGACCAGCAAGCCCAGAUUCACAAGGAAUCAAAAAGGCCAAAUUUUAUUCAAAUGAAUGUACAAUUAUUGAUGUUAUUGAUGUUGAGGCUGAGAACGAAGUUCAACUACAGAUGAAAGUUGACCAAAAUCCUCUAAAGGUUUCUGAAACAUUGUUAGAUGCAAGUCAAUCAGUGCAAAUGAAGAGGCCAGAAUCUCAAGGAAUUAAAGAGGCCAAAUUUUAUUCAAAUAAAAGUACAAUUAUUGAUGUUGAGGCUCAGAAUGAAGUUCAAAAACAGAUAAAAGUUGGCAAAAUAACAAAAAAUGCGAAAUUUACAAACACCAAUUUUGUAAGUAAAGAUCCACAAGAAAAUGAAGACAAUAACAAUCCGGAGUGGGAGGUAUUAAAGAAAUUGGAAACUGAUGAUGAACGUUACAAAGCUGUUAGGAAAAGAUGGAGAAAUUUAGUGAUUCCUGACCCUAAUAAAAAUUUAACAUGCAUUCAUAAGAAAUCGUCUUUUAAACAUCCAAAUUUAUGCACACGUGGAGGUGACAAAGUAAGUGAUGAAAAUGCUAAACGAAAAAGAACACAUUCUCAUGAACCAACAACAUCAACUGAUCAUGUGCCUGUGAAACGUGCUCGAACUCGUUCUUGUACAACUUCUUAUGAAUUAAAAGUGAAAGAUUGUUACAAAAGAAUGGAGGAAGAGUCAAGAAAGCUAAGUGAAGAAAAGAGGCAUGCUCUUGCUAAUACCAGCAAUUAUUACUACAGGCAGUAUUCAAAUCUUAUGGCCAGCAAUUUGAGAUAUUAUAACAGCUGGGAGUUUCAAAUCAGAAUUGCGGCCUUGUCUGCUGAAGAAAAGAGGGCAGAAGAAGCUGUACACCAAGACUAUUCUGGUGCAUUUGACAGACUUGAAAAUAAAAAACGACAACAAGCUUUGGUAUUUGAAAAAGCAAUGAAAGAAGUUGAAGCAUUCCAUAAAUUUUAUAGGAAACUGGAAGAUUCUUCCAAAAACGAUUGCUUUUUCUUGACGGAUGUUGAACUAGAUGAUGUGAAGGCUACCGAUGAGUUAUAUGAAAGAUUUAAUACUUUUUAUUCUUGAUUUGUACCUAAAAUAUUCUUAAGACUGAUUUUAUGUCUCAGGAAGGAAGUGACCUGAUCUUACAAUCCUUAUUUGUUAGUCAUAUUAUGUGAUAUCUAAUCAUGUUUUUAUAUUGUAUUUUAAGAGUAUUUUUCU